AUGGCGUCACAAUUGAUCCCUGUUUCAGACAUCUUCUUGGAACAGUCCGACAUCGAAGAAGAACCACUGCAUGAAGCCGCUUUGUCCAGGAGAGGAUGUUGUUACUGGAUGCCAUGCAUGCAAUCGAAUCUUCCGCCGGUUGAAUUAAGAUCGAAUUGGUGGGAACUGAUCACGGAGGACGGUAAGGACGACGGUCGUCGGUGGUGGUGUCAGGGAUUGAUGCCGUUUAAGAAGAUUAGGGAGUGGUCUGAACUAGUUGCUGGUCCAAAGUGGAAGACGUUUAUCCGCCGGUUUAAGAAGAAACGAUCUAAACCCUCGAAAUUCCAGUACGAUGCGACGAGUUAUUCACUCAAUUUUGAUGAAGGUCAAUCUCAUUCGGAAGAUAAUGAUCUAUAUUUUCGUGAUUUCUCAUCAAGGUACGCUUCGAUUCCAAUAUCUACAAAAUCUUCUAUGGAUUUAGGAAAGGAUGAAUUCAGCUUUACGUGA